UUUCUCACUUUCGCUACACUACACUGCCCAAUUUUGUAAGAAAGGCGAGGAGUGUGUGCGGCGGCGGCCUCGCGCUUAUAAUGGCUGCCAGGAAAAGCAGAGCAGAGGGAAAUCAGCUACAUUGGGAAUAACACCGUGCAAAGGUGAGGAAGAAGAGGAUGGUGAGCAGUCAAGCCAAGUACGAGCUGAUCCAGGAGGUGGGCCGGGGCAGUUACGGUGUGGUUUACGAGGCAGCUGUACGGCAGACCGGAGCUCGUGUGGCUGUGAAGAAGAUCCGCUGUCACUCCCCGGAGAACGUGGAGCUGGCCUUGAGGGAGUUCUGGGCCCUGAGCAGCAUCCAGAGCCAGCAUCCCAACGUCAUCCACCUGGAGGAAUGCAUUCUCCAGAGAGACGGUCUCGCCCAGCGCAUGAGCCACGGCUCCAGCUCCUCACUCUAUCUGGAAUUGGUGGAGACCUCCCUGAAAGGUGAGAUCACGUUUGACCCCCACUGCGCCUACUACCUGUGGUUCGUCAUGGACUUCUGUGAUGGUGGAGACAUGAAUGCCUAUCUCCUGUCCCGCAAACCCAGCCGCAAGACCAACACCAGCUUCAUGCUGCAACUCGGCAGCGCUCUUGCCUUCCUGCAUCGCAACCAGAUCAUCCAUCGAGACCUCAAACCUGACAACAUUCUCAUCUCGCAGGGCAGGACCCCGGCCGGGUCCCCCGAACCCACCCUGAAGGUGGUUGACUUUGGCCUCAGCAAGGUCUGCUCCUGUUCGGGCCUGAACCCUGAAGAACCGGCCAGCGUCAACAAGUGUUUCUUGUCCACAGCUUGUGGGACUGACUUCUACAUGGCUCCUGAGGUCUGGGAGGGCCACUACACGGCUAAAGCUGAUAUCUUUGCUUUGGGGGUCAUCAUAUGGGCCAUGGUGGAACGGAUUACAUUUGUGGAUGUAGAGACUCAGAAGGAGCUUUUAGGGAGCUACGUACAGCAGGGGGAGGAUAUAGUCCCAUUGGGGGAGGCUCUGUUGGAGAAUCCCAAGAUGGAGCUCCACAUCCCGGCUCGGAAGAAGAGCAUGAACGCUGGCAUGAAGCAGCUGAUUCGAGAGAUGCUGUCCGCCAAUCCACAGGAGCGACCUGACGCUGUUGAGCUGGAGCUCAGGCUGGUUCGGAUUGCAUGCAGGGAACUUGAUUGGGAUACGUGAAAGGACAGCAUCUUGGAGAUGGGGCAAACAUCUAGGACAAUGGAGCUUGAAGUGAACGUAAGAACAUAUUGUUUGGCCCUGUCCGAAAUGGCACACAAGGGUCUUGUGGUCUUCACUCGGGAGUGUCCAGAAGACCGUAGGACAAGGAUCUCGAACCCUUCUCCUGGAGAGCUACUGUCCUGCAGACUUCAGCUCCAACCCUGCUCCCACACACCUGCCUGUAAUUUUCAAGUAACCCUGAACACCCUGAGUAGCUGGUUCUGGUGUGUUUGAUUUGGGUUGGAGCUGAACUCUUCAGGACGGUAGCUUUCAAGAAGCAGGGGUGAAGACCCCCGCUGUAGGGUUUCCCAUUUGUCAAUUCAGUUCAGGCUCCAUUUGCUGAAUCCACAAUGGUUUGGACUUUUAUCUAACAUUAUCUGUGCUGUGAAGAAUAGAUUUUUUUCGAGGAGUACCACAUAGGCUGAGGGUGCCGUUUGGGACAGGGCCUUUGUGGGCAGGAGUGGGUUUUUAGAGGGUUAUUGCACUGGUCCUUGGUUUUUUCUCGAUACUCUUACAGUUUAGUACAACUGAUUCAUUGAUGAUAAACAGCCUUUACAAUGUUAAAUGCUUAUUACGGUUUCACCUGUUCACAAGCACAUUGUGACCUUAAUCGACAAUAGUCCAGAUGGGCUUCAGACGGGUUUUACUAAUGGAAAAACAUCAGAUAUCCAACUUCCAUUGACCAUAAACCACAUUGACCCAGAUAAACAUAGAGGUCCACAGAAUUCUCAGAACAUUCCAACACUAAUGGUGCUUUUCCACUGCA